GUCCUGCAGCAGCUACUCUGUUAAGAGAAUCGUUAUAUCUUUCAAAAUGAAGUCCAUGGUUGUGUUUGUCUUCCUUGCUCUUUCAGUCAUCUGUUUCACAGAUGUUGAAGCAAGAGCUGAUGCUGGCAUUCGGGAGCCUGAGUGUGAAAACUACACAACAGUAUGCCUAGCAAUUUAUGCUCCUGUUUGUGGCACAGAUGGGAUAACCUACGGCAGUGAGUGCAUGCUGUGUGGAAAGAACGAGAAAGACGGAACUGAUGUAAAGAUUGAAAAGGUUGGAGAGUGUUGAAGGCCACAUUCCUGAAGGAUUGCAGGAUUAUUCUAAGGGCAAAGGCUCUUCCAAUCUUUUGUUAAAUCACAACCCUGUUGUCACAAAAUGAUUUGUUUCAAUAAAGGUUGGAGUUUCUCAUA